AUGGAAGGUAACGAUUAAUUUGCAGCUAUAAAUUCGACGGAAAGUUAAGUACAACUGAAAUUUUGUCGAAAUGAUCAUCUCUAACGAGGAUUUCGAAUGAAGGCCGCUCAAUGGCGAUGAGACCUUACCUCCGUCUGUUUAGCAUGCGGACAUGCACUCUAGACAGUGUCCGCAGUUUUGGCAGAGUUUCGUCUUCAUGCAUUAUACUCUUUACACCUUAACAGAGAGAAAAUAUACGUGUCACAGAAUCAUCGAAGAAGAAAAUCAGUUGUAGAAAAAUAUUAUAAAUCUUGUUCAGUCUUUGUGUCAAAUUAUUGUCCGCAGUUCUUGGUGAUAAUUCAUUUUACUUUGCUUCGACAUACUACAAGAGACCACAACAGGACCGAGUCUGCGCAGUUUUAAACGCAGUUAAAAAAAACAUAAUCUUUCGGCAAUCUGAAGAGGAGCAAUAUCCCAUACAGUAAAGAAGCAGUUUUCAUAUAUACCCGGUGUACAAUUUUGAAAUAAAUCAAAAAAAUUACUGUGAAGUUGGCUAUCGGCCAAGAAUAUGCAGAAUAUGCAGAAUAUGGUAAUUUAACCGAGAUUUUUUCUGUUUUUGUGCUAUUCAUUCUUUUAAUAACCUUCGGACCACUUCGUAGCGAAAACAUUUGUUGUAUAAAGCUUAUCGAAAUGGUAGUGAAAACUGUGAAUCAGUUGAUUAAUUUCGACUUUAACAGCUUUUUGCAUCCGGCAAUCUGUUAACUAUAAUACUAUCGGCAGCUGCUUAAGGAAACGUUUAUUGAGACUAGUGUAACAGAUUUACAGAGGAAAAAUAUCAAUUGCACCAAACUAUUGUUAAUCUUGGUUCGGUAACACCAGUUAUCUUUGUGCCAAAUUGUUGCCGGUUGUUCUUGAAAAUUAAAAAGAUUUUAUUUUCCGUUUUAUUCACAAUAGUCUAAAAACAGACCCAGCGCUGCCAUUAAGUAAUUGUCAGACCAAUUCGUAGCGAAAACAUUUGUUGUACAAAACUAAUCGAAAUGGUUGUUAAAUCUGUUAAUUAGUUGAAGAAUUUUAAGUUUGACUGCAUUUUACUUCCUAUCCAUUUUUAAGCAAAAAUUUUGGGCGCGCGUAUCUUCUAGGACAUGUUAUGCGACAGCCCGUUCAGCAUCACUGCAAAUUUUCUCCGCAACGCUAUAGUGGAAAUACUGUUACAUUGGUAUGUUAGAUCAACAUCUUCUUAAUUGAACAGAACUCAUAGAAGACCCAAUGAACGAAGAAAAGGAGCGAAGAAGGAGAGCUUUUGAAAUGUGGACUGAAGAGUCACACGAAGAGUUUGCAAAUGGGUAAAUAUCCACCGAUAACAAAUAUAUAUUUCUGAUUUAGAGAGGAAUUGUCAGGAACACGGAACGAAGAAAAAAUCCUAGUUCCCUAUGAGUAUAUAGACCCCAAACCUUAUCGUGAGUCAAGCCAUACGCUUUGUUUAUAAGUAACGAGAGUUCAGCGUGGUGUUACGAUCAGCAUCGUCAAAAGCCAAACGCGGUGUACAGAGAAACCUUUAAGCAGAGGCGUCUAUUACUAGCGUGGAAAGCGCGAGGUAAGAGCUUGGAGAAGGCGUGGGGAGAGUCACGCAUGAAGAACACACACACACACCAAAAAAUAAAAAACACGAACGAAAACACGCACAAAAUGACUUCCGUUGUAUUAAGUCAUGCGUGGAGUCGAGACCUCAAGGGUUUGAAAGAUAGUAAACGAGUAUGACUAAACGCAUUGAUAUUUUUUCUUUUUUAAAUAAAAAUGUUUCACCACAAAAGAGUUAGUUAAUGUUUUAAAAUGGUCAUCUAAUUUAUUCGCAGACUGGCUGAACAUGGAAAGAAAUUCAGCAAAGUGGCUAACCAUCUUCCG